UUCCUAUUAUUACAUACAUGCAUAUCUUGUAGCGACUUCAACAACCUUGUCAUAUUCGCGACCUGAAAGUGAUCAACAUCUUCUUAAUCUUAUCAGUUUCUAAAUGUAAACCAUAACGAGCUUCUAUUUUCUCCAAAAAUUCAAUACUACCUGCGCUUGUUUGAUAAGCUUCUACACAUACCUAUCUCGGCAAUGUAAGACAAUCACGCCUGUCCAUUCACAUAUAGCUGUGCGCUCUUACUGUCUUGAUUCUCUAGCUUGGCGAGGUUUAAUGGUGAUGGUAACAGAACGACAGAAAAACCUAAUGCGCAAACACUUACACGUCUAUCUAUCCCUCGCAGUUUUUUUUUUUUCCACCAGCUUGGAUACCACUAACACGUUAGCAAACGUCCUUCUGCGUAGAAAAGCUCGACAACAGGUUGAUGCUGGAUUCAUUACUUUUGAGACGACCGCUUUACCUGUACGUCGGUCUUACGCAGGAUAUAGUCAAUAUCGCAUAUGUUAAAUGCUUGCCUUCGCUGCCUCGAUAGUAUAUCUUGAUAAUAGCGAAUUUAUAGAUCUGGGAUCAUUGUAUAACCAUACCUCUUUUGGCGGUUUAAUUCUAUAGGUCGACGUCAGUUCCUUUGGAAGAAAGUUUUCUAUCUCUUAUAUGUUGGUGAUUGGAGAAGAAUUUAUGCGUUGUCCAUGUAAGGGUCUUGGUGGCUAUCAAGAGCUCCACCACUUUUUGUCCCUACUAGAAGUGGUAAUGGCCCAUAGUAUGUUUCUUAGACAUAGGAAUAUUUGAAAUGCCGAAAAUUCCAAGUUCUGUUGCUUAUCGGCUGCAUUUUAUUCCCAUCACUCU